AACAAGAUAUAUCCUUUUUCCGAAGAGCACCAAAAGGAAUAUUCCCAACUCCGCAUCUUCUUGCCUUCAUCGCAGUUAUAUCCCCUGCUCCUCUCUUUCAUUUGCCUUCAUUGCACCAAAAGGAAUAACAACUUCCACCUCUGAAAUUUUUCUGAGGAGAGAAAAAAGCGAUGAAGUUCGGUAAGAGUUUGAGCAAUCAGAUUGAGGAGACGUUGCCGGAAUGGAGGGACAAGUUCCUUUCAUACAAGGAGCUCAAAAAGCGGCUCAAGCUCAUUGAGCCCAAGGGAAACGCUGCUGGUUCUAGGAGCGACGGGUUAGGAGAGGAAAGAUCCAUAAAACGCCCCAAAUUGGCCGUAUCCGUGGAUUCUGCGGGUGCACCUUGGUGUGUUGAAAAGGAGAACGUGACGGAGGCGGAAGCUGAUUUCGUGAAGCUGCUGGAGGAGGAGCUAGAGAAAUUCAACACCUUCUUCGUCGAGAAGGAGGAGGAGUAUAUAAUCAGAUUGAAGGAUCUUCAGGAUAGAGUGGAAAAGGCCAAAGAUUGCAGUGAUGAGAUGAUACAAACCAGGAAGGAGGUUGUCGAUUUCCAUGGGGAGAUGGUUCUUAUGGAAAACUACAGUGCUCUUAACUACACAGGUGACCGAGAUUUCUUUUCUUUGUAUGAUCAUAAGUGUUACAGUUCUAUUCCAAUCUAUGUUGUUAUAACAUUAACAACACAGGGCUAGCAAAGAUACUCAAGAAGUACGACAAAAGGACUGGCACCCUCCUCCGCCUGCCCUUCAUUCAGAAAGUGCUACAACAGCCUUUCUUCACCACUGACUUGCUUUACAAGCUUGUGAAAGAGUGUGAGAUACUGAUUGAUUGCCUUUUCUCUUGGAACGAAGCCGCAUUGGCAACUGAUGUUAGGAAUGAACCCUCCUCCUCAACCAGUGGAACCACGGCCAAAAGUGACUGUCUGUUCAGAGGUGGAGGAUCAAAGGAGCUCACAGAGAUAGAGUAUAUAGAGAGCUUGUACAUGAAGAGCUCCUUAUCUGCAUUGCGGGCUCUGAAAGAAAUUCGUAGUCAAAGCUCAACCGUGAGUGUUUAUUCAUUGCCACCCCUGCAAAUUAAUGGAGUUGAUGAUACAUGUUGGAAUAAAAUUCCAAUCUUGGAACAAGAAGCAAAGUAGUCCGUCUGACUAUAUAUCAUUGGGUGAGGGAAUAGGUGGUAGUGUUAAUUCCUCCACUUCGUUUUUGUGUGUGGCGAAAUGCAACUGUUAUGAAUGGCAAUGAGAUACACUAACAUAGUAACAUGAAUAUAAAGGAAGCUGAUACGUGCCUGA